AUGAGUUAAUUUGUAGACUAUGAAUGGAAAAAAGAAUGUGAAGGGAUCAUUUGGGAUUACAUUUACAAUCCACCAAGAAAAAUAAGAACAAAAUACUUAAUAUCUCGGACAAAUGAAAAGGAAAUUAUGUACACUUUAGAUGGAUGUAGUUUGAAAAUGUAACAAUUCAUUUUUCUAAUCUUAGAGAUCGAAUUAUUGGCCCAUCAAAAGAGCUUGAUUUGAUGAACAAUUUAGAAUAAAUAAAACAUUUGUAAUGGAUCGGAUAAUAUGGAUAAAAUAACGUAAAAAUUGGUAAAUGGAUAAUAAGAUGGAAUGGUGAAACGUUAAAAGAUGUUGGAGGAUAAUACUCUAAUGAUGGAAAAAAAUAAGGAAGGUGGAUAGAGUUAUUUUCAAAUUAUUGGAAGUAAAAUUUUUUGUAUUAUUUAAUUAGUAAAGCUUAAGUUUAUGAAGAGGGAGAUUAUGUUGACGAUUAAAGGUAAGGAACUUGGAAGUAUGUUUAAGAAGAUAGAGAGAUGUAUUUGAUAUAUGAUAAUUAUUUUAGUGGAGGAGGAUAAUAUAAUUAGCUUGGAGAAAAGGAUGGAAAAUGGAUUCAGUCGAGCUCAGGAUAUUGGGAUUUCUCCUAAGUCAUUGAUUGUGGCUUUUAUAAAAAUGGAAAAAAAAUUGGCAAAUGGGAUAUCUUGUAUAGGAAGAAAGGGAAGGAAUAGUUAUAAUAUAGGUAAAAUGUAUAAAUAACAUUAUAUAGAGGUGGGGGAUAAUAUGAUGAACAAGGCUCUAAGAAAAUUGGAAAAUGGAUUGAAUUAAGUGAUGGAUUUUAUGAUUUAUCUUAAAUCAGUUAUAAGGGUGAAUAUUAAAAUGGUAAAAAAGUGGGGAAAUGGCAAAUUUUAUUUGGGGAAAAUCAAAUGUAACAUUAUUUAUUAAUUAUUUUUUUUUCAAGUGGUGGUGGAUCAUAUGCAGAAGUCGAUUAAAUUAAGAUUGGAAAAUGGAUUGAAUAGAGCGAUGGUUUUUAUAUUGAUUCUUAAAUAAUUUAUGAUGGUGAAUACAAAAAUGGUAUGAAAAUUGGUAUGUGGAAUAUCUAUUUAAAGGAUAAGAAAUCAGGAUAAACUUAAUAAAUGUAAAUAUUUUUUUUAAUUCUUUCUAUGUAGUGGAGGUGGAUAGUAUGAUUAAAAUGGAUCAAUAAAAAUUGGAAAAUGGAUUGAGUAAAGUGAUGGAUUUUAUAAUCUGUCUCAAGUCAUUUAAAAAGGUGAAUAUAAAAACGGUAAAAAAGUUGGCAGAUGGGAUAUUUUAUUCAGAGAGGACUUUUCGGAAGAAUUCCUAUUGAUGUAUCAAAUUUAAACAAACCUUAUAGUGGAGGCGGAUGGUAUGAUGAAGCAGGUUCCUUUAAGUCUGGCAGAUGGAUUGAAUUAAGUGAUGGAUUUAAGAUUUGGUCUUAAGUAACUUUUGAUGGUGAAUAUAAAAAUGGUAAAAAGGUGGGCAAAUGGGGUACUUUUUAUAGGGAUGUGAGUUCAAAAUAAAAUGAAUUAAUGUAAAAUUUAUAUAAACUAAAACCUUAGUGGUGGAGGAUCAUAUGACGAAGGAAGCUCGCUUAAAGUUGGAAAUUGGAUUGAAUUAAGCGAUGGAUUUGCAUGGAAUUCUUAAUACACUUAUAAAGGUGCUUAUAAAAAUGGGAAAAAAAUAGGCAAAUGGGAUAUUAAUUUCGAUUUUGGAGGAAAUCAUUAAAUGUAAAAUGAUGUUUUUUAAAUUUAACAAAAUAUAUAGAGCGGGUGGAUUGUAUGACGAAGUUGGCAAUGGAGUUAAGAUUGGAAAAUGGAUAGAGUUAAGUGAUGAAUUUAGGGAUGAUUCAAUAAUUACUUAUAAGGGGAACUAUAAAAAUGGUACCAAAGCAGGUAAAUGGGAUAUUUUCUUUUUGGAAAAUUAAAUGUAAGUCAUAUUCUUAUAUAUUUUACAAUUUUAGUGGUGGUGGAUAAUAUGGUGAAGAAGGAAAUGGUAUUAAGAUUGGAAAAUGGGUUGAAUAAAGUAAUAGAUUUGUUAGUUGGUCAUAAAUUACGUAUAGUGGUGAAUACAAAAACGGGAAAAAAAUAGGAAGAUGGGAUAUUUUUACUAAAGAUAGGAAUACAAAAAAGAAUGAAUUGAUGUNGAUGGAAAAAAAUAAGGAAGGUGGAUAGAGUUAUUUUCAAAUUAUUGGAAGUAAAAUUUUUUGUAUUAUUUAAUUAGUAAAGCUUAAGUUUAUGAAGAGGGAGAUUAUGUUGACGAUUAAAGGUAAGGAACUUGGAAGUAUGUUUAAGAAGAUAGAGAGAUGUAUUUGAUAUAUGAUAAUUAUUUUAGUGGAGGAGGAUAAUAUAAUUAGCUUGGAGAAAAGGAUGGAAAAUGGAUUCAGUCGAGCUCAGGAUAUUGGGAUUUCUCCUAAGUCAUUGAUUGUGGCUUUUAUAAAAAUGGAAAAAAAAUUGGCAAAUGGGAUAUCUUGUAUAGGAAGAAAGGGAAGGAAUAGUUAUAAUAUAGGUAAAAUGUAUAAAUAACAUUAUAUAGAGGUGGGGGAUAAUAUGAUGAACAAGGCUCUAAGAAAAUUGGAAAAUGGAUUGAAUUAAGUGAUGGAUUUUAUGAUUUAUCUUAAAUCAGUUAUAAGGGUGAAUAUUAAAAUGGUAAAAAAGUGGGGAAAUGGCAAAUUUUAUUUGGGGAAAAUCAAAUGUAACAUUAUUUAUUAAUUAUUUUUUUUUCAAGUGGUGGUGGAUCAUAUGCAGAAGUCGAUUAAAUUAAGAUUGGAAAAUGGAUUGAAUAGAGCGAUGGUUUUUAUAUUGAUUCUUAAAUAAUUUAUGAUGGUGAAUACAAAAAUGGUAUGAAAAUUGGUAUGUGGAAUAUCUAUUUAAAGGAUAAGAAAUCAGGAUAAACUUAAUAAAUGUAAAUAUUUUUUUUAAUUCUUUCUAUGUAGUGGAGGUGGAUAGUAUGAUUAAAAUGGAUCAAUAAAAAUUGGAAAAUGGAUUGAGUAAAGUGAUGGAUUUUAUAAUCUGUCUCAAGUCAUUUAAAAAGGUGAAUAUAAAAACGGUAAAAAAGUUGGCAGAUGGGAUAUUUUAUUCAGAGAGGACUUUUCGGAAGAAUUCCUAUUGAUGUAUCAAAUUUAAACAAACCUUAUAGUGGAGGCGGAUGGUAUGAUGAAGCAGGUUCCUUUAAGUCUGGCAGAUGGAUUGAAUUAAGUGAUGGAUUUAAGAUUUGGUCUUAAGUAACUUUUGAUGGUGAAUAUAAAAAUGGUAAAAAGGUGGGCAAAUGGGGUACUUUUUAUAGGGAUGUGAGUUCAAAAUAAAAUGAAUUAAUGUAAAAUUUAUAUAAACUAAAACCUUAGUGGUGGAGGAUCAUAUGACGAAGGAAGCUCGCUUAAAGUUGGAAAUUGGAUUGAAUUAAGCGAUGGAUUUGCAUGGAAUUCUUAAUACACUUAUAAAGGUGCUUAUAAAAAUGGGAAAAAAAUAGGCAAAUGGGAUAUUAAUUUCGAUUUUGGAGGAAAUCAUUAAAUGUAAAAUGAUGUUUUUUAAAUUUAACAAAAUAUAUAGAGCGGGUGGAUUGUAUGACGAAGUUGGCAAUGGAGUUAAGAUUGGAAAAUGGAUAGAGUUAAGUGAUGAAUUUAGGGAUGAUUCAAUAAUUACUUAUAAGGGGAACUAUAAAAAUGGUACCAAAGCAGGUAAAUGGGAUAUUUUCUUUUUGGAAAAUUAAAUGUAAGUCAUAUUCUUAUAUAUUUUACAAUUUUAGUGGUGGUGGAUAAUAUGGUGAAGAAGGAAAUGGUAUUAAGAUUGGAAAAUGGGUUGAAUAAAGUAAUAGAUUUGUUAGUUGGUCAUAAAUUACGUAUAGUGGUGAAUACAAAAACGGGAAAAAAAUAGGAAGAUGGGAUAUUUUUACUAAAGAUAGGAAUACAAAAAAGAAUGAAUUGAUGUAAAUAAAAUGAAAUUUUUAGCGGUGGUGGAUCAUAUGAUUAAAAUAAUUAAAUAAAGAUUGGAAAGUGGAUUGAAUUGAGUGAUGGGUUUUAAUGCGAUUCUUAAGUGAUUCAUAAGGGUGAAUAUAAAUAAGGUGAAAAAAUAGAUAGAUGGGAUAUAUUAUUUAGAGGGGAAUAUCAGUCAGAAUUUAGAUCGAUGUAAAUUUUUGAAUAUAGAUUAAUUUUUAGUGGAGGUGGAACUUAUAAUAAUGGAAUUAAGAUUGGGAGAUGGAUUGAGUUAAGUGAUGAGUUUUACGAGUAUGCUUAAAUCACAUAUAACGGUGAAUAUAAAAAUAAUAAAAAAAUACUUAGAUGGGAUAUUUUUUUCAGAGAAAAGGAGAAUGAUAAAUUUGAAUAAAUGUAAAUUUUAAAAGGGCUAUUUUAGUGGUGGUGGAUCGUAUGAUGAUUCAGUGGAUGAAUGCUCAGUUAAAAUUGGUAGUUGGAUUGAAUUGAGUGACAAUUUUGGAGAGGGGUCAGGAUAAUCAAAAAUCACUUUGAAUGGUUAAUAUAGAAAUGGCUCAAAAGUUGGUAAAUGGAUUUAAAUAGAUUUAUAUUGGAAUUAGAAUUGUGGUGAAAUUGAAUAUGAUAUUUGA